AUGCAUAGGCCUACAGUUCACCGCUAUGGGUUUCUAGUUGCUCUAACUUUGUGAGCAGUGCUGCACGGACUUUGUACUUUCCUGCACGAGUAAACGUGUCUGCUCGCACAUGAAUCAAGUAGCCACACGAAGCGGUAACCAAUGUCAAAAUGUCUCUGACAGCUGUCAUUAUCGAAUAACUCAGUGUAAGUAAAUUUGGAGACGAAGUUUGAAGGGAAUGUGACUCGUAGCCAAUUUGUUCUGUCGCUAACCAGUUUUCAUAAAUUGAAGGUAGGACAAAUGGAAUGUCAAUCCCACCAUCUUUAGCAAUGUUCGGUUGUUUCUGUCAUGUCUUUGUACAGGUCUUCGUUCACCAUGGUUGGGACUUUCCCGCUUCUAGCAGUGCAGCCCACGCGGGGGCUCGUGGAUGAGAAGAUCCAGGUGGUUGUGAGGAAUUUACCUCCGGCGCUCUCGGUGACACUACGUUCCCUUCAUCGCUCCGAGGAUAAGGACUUUUGGGAGGCGUUCGGCCAUUACACCAGCGACGACCAAGGCACGGUGACGGGUAAGGUUUGUGACGGCCGACCGGGCUGACAGACCGGGUUCUUCGAUGUAGCCUUGGACUAAUUUAUGUGUGAAACCCAUAUAUACUGUAGAAUUCAAUUACACUGGUCGCCAAUAAGAUCAGUGUCCCUGCGUGCUGAAACCUCAGAUGUUGGCCAAUGUUUUUGCCUGCUAUUACUAUGAAGUUAGUACAAUAUCACACUGUACAACACAGCAAAACUUGAGUAAAUUAUACUACAAUAACGUUAUUAAAACAACUAUGGUUGUUGUAAAGGUCAUGCAGUGGAUAUAUAGUCGCAAGUAGGAUAAUCUUUAUAAUGCAACACACUUUGAAAGGCGUGACCAACGUUGGUCAACAUCUUGACAAAAGUCAUCCACUCUAACAUGCCCAAGCAUAUGAAUGCCAAGUUCAAAACAACUGGGAAAUUGGAAAUCUUCGAGUUCAGUGUGUUCAAGACAACCGGGAUGAGCUCGACUAGGACAAAAUUAGUUUUAAACGGUCAUCUAACUCGGAAUUCCAAGUCGGGAACUCAGCCUCUUUCUAGAGCUCAGACUUUCCUACCAGAAGAUCACUGACAUCAUUAUUUGACCUCGUUUUUUCAGAGUUCCCAGUUGUUUUGAAAGCACCAUUCAGUGCGUUCAUGACAACUGGGAACUCUGAAAAAUGAGCUCCGACUAGGAAAAAUCGUUUUGAAUGGUCAUCCAACUGCGAAGUCCAAAUUGGGAACUCAAGCCUCUUUCUCUUUCUGCUAUUUUUAUUGUUGUUUAUGUAGUUGCUAAGGAUGCCAGUCUUGGAGGAACAUAUGAAGGCACAGAGCCCAUGGGUCUACUGUGGAGCAUGCAGCCUGUGCCAGGCAGUCGGACAGGCCUCAGGUAACACACCUAUGGAAUUAAAUAUUUGUGGUCAAUUUUAUAUAGGAAAAACACAUAAUUUAGUGUGACCAGGCCCGGCUGGUCAAGUCAAAUAAACUCUCUGUCUCUCAGGUUGAGAAAGAUGGAUGUCCUCACUCCUAUGGUGGUGCACAUCUCUGUGUACAGUGGGCACAUGACAGAGGGCUUCAGCAAGCAGUCUCCCCUAGUGACCGUUGUCACAGAACGAUGGUACAUGGCACCAGGUGUGUGCAGAAUUGACAUCAGGGAACACGGGGUCCGAGGGACCCUCUUUUUACCCCCAGGUCCUGGACCCUUCCCUGGGGUGUUGGAUAUGUGGGGAGGGGGUGGGGGGCUGGUGGAGUACCGCUCCGGCCUCCUGGCGUCACAUGGUUUUGUUUCCAUGGCGCUAGAGUACCUUUUCCAUGACAAGCACAGAACUUCAGACAUCGACUCAAAAACCUACUUUGAGGUGAUUCUAAUACUGUAUAUGUGCCCGUGCAACCUGCAUGUGUGUGUGUGUGUGCCUACAUGCUUGUGCAUAUCUUAAUAUUCAGAGAGGGCAGAGUCCACUCCUGUGACCUUUUAUUCAGACUCACUGUUAAAAUACAUCACCUCAAGGUAUAUUACCUCACAUUGCAUCCACUUGAAUUUGUAGAAAGCGUUCAGGAUUGUGCAGGAGCACCCCCUAGUGUUGAAGGACAGAGUUGCUCUGUUUGGUCUCUGCUUAGGCACAUCAGUCACCCUCAACAUGGCAGCCUACUCCAAAGCCAUCAGCGUGAGUCUCUCCCUCACACUCUCCUCUUUUUCCUCCAGAUUGGAGCUUUGUAUGUAUAGUGUGAAUUCAGAUUCAGAAAGCUUUAUUGUCCCAACACUGACCAUGUGUAUAAGCUUAUGAGCUUGUUUAGUGUGUAAACAAUAAAUAUUGUGUGUAUUCCAGCCCAGAUGCUGUGUGUGUGUCAGUGGGAGUCACGUCCAACAGGUCAACAAGUCCAUCCACGAAGUGUUUACGAAGAUGAAUGAGUGAGUGACAACCAUCAUGUGUGAAUGAAAAAUAAACACAAAUCUGUUCAAAGUGAAGCUGUAAAGUACCGUGAUUAUGAAACUUGUGACAUACAGACCAAAUUAAGAAAUAUAGACUAAAAACAUGAUCAUUAUUUUAUUGCAAGGGACAGAUCUAAGACCCGAUUUGAUGAAGAGGGCUGUGUGAUCUCGAGAGACAUCAUUCUGCCUAUCCCAACCGACCCUGGAGAGAAAGUGGAUGUAAGUCAACACACACAAACACACACAGUGGGUUUGUUUACUCAUUGCUGAGUCUUCUGACAGAUGGGGAGGAUAAAGUGUCCAUUGAUGUUGGUCGUCGGGGAGGAUGAUCAGAACUGGGCGACAGUAGAAUCUGCCAAGGACGUGAGUACACACACAAACACGAUUAAAAGCUUAUGAAAUCAAUCAUUGUCAUUGACGCUGAAUGUGACCUCUGACCUGCAGAUGUCCCAGAUGAUGCGUGCAGCGGGUAACGAGCACCUACUGACCAUUCUACAAUACCCUGAUGCUGGACACCUCAUUGAGCCGCCCUACACACCCCACUUGAGAGCCAGCAACUUCAUAGUGCCUCAAAUACAACAGAAAGGUACUGUACACACAGCUCACACCUAUAGUAUACACACUUGAACUAAGAUAUAUGUAUAACCAAUUCUUUACUCGCAAAGUAACUAAUGAUUGUGUGUGUGUUCCAGUGAUCAUGUUAUGGGGAGGGUACCCAAAGCCGCACGCCGAUGCUCAAGAAGACUCCUGGGAAAAGAGCCUUGGCUUUCUACGGCAACACCUGUACCCCAAUCAUGACUCUGUCGCUAAGGCCAAGCUGUGA